GGCAUUGACGCAGCAACGGCCCCCAAUGAAAAGUCAAUUUCUUGGGCUUUUAUAGCCCAAUAAGUAAAAGUUCCUUAAACAAGGCCCACGUUGGUGUUGAUUGAUCAGUAGCGAAGGAAGCAAAGCAAGAAGAAAAGGCUCAGACUUUUGCGGAGAGCAAUCAGAAAUCAAAUCGAAAAAAAUCGAAAAAAAAAAGUAAAAAUGGACGUGAUAAAAACUCAGCAAAUAUCUACGCGGCCGAUAGAGAAGGUGAUAGUCCACCCUCUAGUUCUCCUCAGUAUCGUCGACAACUACAACCGCGUCGCUAAAGACACGCGCAAGCGGGUCGUUGGAGUCCUCCUUGGCACCUCCUUCAAAGGCACCGUCGACGUCACCAACAGCUACGCAGUCCCUUUUGAGGAAGAUGAGAAGGACCCAAGUAUAUGGUUCCUUGACCACAACUACCAUGAAUCAAUGUUUUCAAUGUUCAAAAGGAUUAAUGCCAAGGAGCAUGUUGUUGGAUGGUAUAGUACCGGCCCAAAAUUACGCGAAAAUGAUCUAGACAUUCACAGAUUAUUCCACAACUAUGUUCCAAAUCCUGUCUUGGUCAUUAUUGAUGUCCAACCUAAGGAGUUGGGGAUACCAACCAAGGCCUACUACGAUGUUGAAGAGGUUAAGGAGAAUGCUACUCAAAAGAGCCAAAAGGUUUUUGUUCACGUUCCUUCAGAAAUUGCUGCUCAUGAAGUUGAGGAGAUUGGAGUGGAACAUUUGCUCAGGGAUGUAAAGGAUACAACCAUUAGUACACUUGCAACUGAGGUCACUGGAAAACUCACAGCUUUGAAGGGUUUGGAUGCAAGGUUACAAGAGAUACGUGCUUACCUAGAUCUUGUUAUUGAUGAGAAGCUUCCUCUCAAUCAUGAAAUACUUUACCAUUUACAGGAUGUGUUCAACUUGCUGCCAAACCUAAACGUAAAUGAAUUGAUCAAGGCUUUUGCAGUAAAAACAAAUGAUAUGAUGUUGGUUAUAUAUCUGUCAUCUCUCAUCCGAAGUGUCAUUGCACUCCAUAACUUGAUCAAUAACAAGAUGCUAAACAAAGAACAUGAGAAAACUGAGGAUGCAAAGCCAGCAGCUGUCCCAGCUGUUAGUUGAAGCUGAUUUUCGUCUGUAUUGCUUGUACUUCCAUUCACGACAAAAGCUUGAG